AUCCAAGCACCCCAACCCCUCCCACCUCCAACUGCAGGCCUAACUCUCUACCACGUCGCCCUCGGCCGCGGUACGCAAAACUACACCUGCGACCAAACCAACACGACCUCGAUCCCCGUCGCCGCAGGUGCCGUCGCCUCCCUCUGGAACGUAACCUGCCUGUCCGCCGACUCGCCUUCCCUCCUCUCCGCGAUCCCCAACAUCGCGCUCGCCCUGCCUGUCCCGCAACCCAAUUCCCCAACCGCCUACAACGCCCUGUCCGGACACCACUACUUCUCCGACGCCACAACGGCGUAUUUCGAUCUCGACACGGUGUUGGGAGAGUAUGGUCGCGGAGGGUUCAAAAAGGUGAAUGCCACCCCAGCGCCGUCGGAUGCGGUGAAAGGGCAAAGAGGGCAGGGGUACGGGAGUGUGCCCUGGUUGAAGUUGGUGGGGAAGGGCGAUGAGGGAUGUGUGGCGAAAGAGAUCUAUCGGAUUAAUACCGCCGGAGGGAACCCGCCGAAGACGUGUGCGGGGAUGGGGAAGACGUUUGAGGUGGAGUAUAGUGCCGAGUAUUGGUUUUAUGCUUGA